UCACCCACGUUGUGCCCGACUGAGAUACUCACAUAUAUUCUUCUGUCAAUAAAAAGUGAUGAAGAGUAUGCCUUCGACCUUCAGGCAGACUAUUGGCGCGUGGAGCUGGAUUUCCAGCUAGCGCGAAGCCUGAGCCGUGCCUUGGAGAUGGAUGAAAACUGGUUGACGGUAGCACAGGCUGGCGAGGACGAUCAUAGAUAUGCGCUCGCACUGUCGAACGGUGCAGAGCUUCAAGCUCAGUCUGCGAAUCAAAGGCUAUUGGAGGAUCCCGCUUUCAUGAGAACGCUGGCCACACCCUCUCCCGACCCGGCGAUCCGUGAUGAUGCCGUUUUCGAAAGGGAUCUAGCUUCGACGAUGACAGCGCCUCUCUCAACAAGACCGCCUUCCCCAUCUACCUCAUCCCAAUGUGUUAUAUGCGGAGACCGUCUCCGAGCACAGCGUAGCUUCCGUGCCCCAUGCGGAGAUCAGUACUGUCAUGGCUGCCUCCGGGACCUCGUCCAAGCCACUAUCAGUGACGAAUCACUCUACCCCGUCCGAUGCUGCGGCCGACCUCUUGUCGAGAGGGAUUUCUUGCCCCUUCUCCCUUCCGCUUUACGAACACGUUUCCAAAUAAAGUCCAGAGAACUCGGAACGCCUGCGAUGAGCCGCGUUUACUGCCAGAACCCCAUCUGUUCGGCUUUCCUCGGUUCUUCAGAAGGGAGCGACGGCGAUAUGGUGUGUACAGCGUGCGGAACGGCUGUCUGCCCAGCAUGCAAGCAGAUCGCACAUAGAAGAGAGAAAUGCGUCGAAAACGCUGCGAUUCAAGACUUGCGCGCGCUAGCUCGAGACCAGCAGUGGCAGACCUGUCCAGGAUGUCACUCAAUUAUUGAGUUGAACUAUGGCUGUUACCAUAUGACAUGCAGGUGCCUCACGCAGUUCUGCUAUGUUUGUGCGGUACCAUGGAAGAAUUGCUUAUGCCGGCAGUGGGAUGAAGGUCGAUUGUAUAUCACUGCUCAGCGGAGGGUGGAAGAGGAAAUGGGACCUCGCGCCGUGGCGGCUGCACCAGAUAUUUUCCAGCGAGAGGUGGAGGCAAGAGCAGAGCAACUCAGAUCCAGCCACGACUGCGUUCGACACAGCUGGAGAAGAAGAAAUGGGGGAGCGAGAUGCGAAGAAUGCUCUUGGUAUUUGCGGGAUUAUCUUCUUGUCUGUCUCCAUUGCGGAAUAGCAGUAUGUGUUCGCUGCAGUCGAAAUCGGUUGUUGUGAAAGGGAAGAAUGUCACUACCCUCGGUAGAGAUUUUUGAUAAAAGUUUGAGUUCUUGGUAGAAUAGGUCCUUGUGUCAGGCGAACUGAAUGAAUUGUAGCAAAUGGCUACUUGUGCACUG